AAACACAAACAAAACUCAUAUUUUCAAUCUCCAGGUGCUUUACACCAACAGAGUCGCAAGAAAACAAAAACCAAACUCGGAUUUAGUUUGACAGAAGAAGGAAUCGAGAGUCGGGUAUGCAUUAUCCUAACAACAGAACCGAAUUCGUCGGAGCUCCAGCCCCAACCCGGUAUCAAAAGGAGCAGUUGUCACCGGAGCAAGAGCUUUCAGUUAUUGUCUCUGCUUUGCAACACGUGAUCUCAGGGGAAAACGAAACGGCGCCGUGUCAGGGUUUUUCCAGUGACAGCACAGUGAUAAGCGCGGGAAUGCCUCGGUUGGAUUCAGACACUUGUCAAGUCUGUAGGAUCGAAGGAUGUCUCGGCUGUAACUACUUUUUCGCGCCAAAUCAGAGAAUUGAAAAGAAUCAUCAACAAGAAGAAGAGAUUACUAGUAGUAGUAACAGAAGAAGAGAGAGCUCUCCCGUGGCGAAGAAAGCGGAAGGUGGCGGGAAAAUCAGGAAGAGGAAGAACAAGAAGAAUGGUUACAGAGGAGUUAGGCAAAGACCUUGGGGAAAAUUUGCAGCUGAGAUCAGAGAUCCUAAAAGAGCCACACGUGUUUGGCUUGGUACUUUCGAAACCGCCGAAGAUGCGGCUCGAGCUUAUGAUCGAGCCGCGAUUGGAUUCCGUGGGCCAAGGGCUAAACUCAACUUCCCCUUUGUGGAUUACACGUCUUCAGUUUCAUCUCCUGUUGCUGCUGAUGAUAUAGGAGCAAAGGCAAGUGCAAGCGCCAGUGUGAGCGCCACAGAUUCAGUUGAAGCAGAGCAAUGGAACGGAGGAGGAGGGGAUUGCAAUAUGGAGGAGUGGAUGAAUAUGAUGAUGAUGAUGGAUUUUGGGAAUGGAGAUUCUUCAGAUUCAGGAAAUACAAUUGCUGAUAUGUUCCAGUGAUAAAUGAGCUCUUUCUUGUUGGCGUUUUUUGGAGUUAAGUGCAAGAAGAGAUUGACACUGUGGCUUGUUUAAAGUGAACAAGAACAAGAAAGCAUGUAAUUAGUAGUCUCAUUCUUUUGUUUGUGGUCAAUUCUAUGUUUAUCUCAUAUAAAAUCUGAGUUAAACCUAUCUGAGGAGAGAGUAAAUAAAGAGGUUAAGAAACCCAACAUUGGUCUGAAUUAUAAACGUAAGUGUCAACGUUGUUUAUAAAGGAGAAAACUAUAAUUGGUGACAAAAGACAUAAAGAAAAGAUGUCUACUCCUACAAAGCAUCGCGUGCAGCUAUUCGACAAACAAUGGCAUCUCCCAGAGAGGAAAUUCCGAGCUCUUGGCUAGUUAUCUUGUAAUGCUGAAAACAUGAAUGUAUUUGAGUUUAUUUCUGUAACAUUGGAAGCGAAAUAAAAGGGUUAUCAACUGUUACCAA